AGUAUCAAUUACCUAACUACUCCAAAUACCAUAUAAUUUUCUAACAAAGAUAUGAUUGCAGAGCAGAGAGUGUAUCUUCCUAUCCUUCUCUUCAUUUGUCUCCACUCCUUUUCAUCCCGGUUUGCUUUCUCGCAACUUUUCUGGAACUAUAAUGUUAGUGUUUUGAAUUCUACUACUGGACUUUCCAAUUCUUGGAUCAAUUUGCCAUAUGUUAGAGUUUACAAUACCUCCGAGCCUUCUGAAAUGACGCCUAUUAUUCGGAGCAGAAAGGAUAGCCCUCAGUUUCUCUUUGCCUUCUAUUGCCCCCUUCUAACUAACGGUACCACAGAAUGCCUUCUUGGUAUCCUUUUGUAUCACAACAGAUUCAACGGGGUUUCAAGUGUUCCCCAGUUAGUUUGGUCUGCUAACAGGAACCAUCCAGUGAAAGUCAAUGCAACGUUGCAACUAGGCCAAAAUGGCAACUUGGUCUUGACAGACUCUGAUGGCACUCUUGUUUGGUCCACUAAUACUACUGGAAAAUCUGUUUCUGGCUUAAACAUGACAGAAAUGGGAAAUCUUGUGCUCUUUGAUAAGAGAAAACAAGCAAUUUGGCAGUCUUUUGAUCAUCCAACAGAUUGUUUGCUUCCGGGGCAGAAGUUGGUUUCUGGUAGGAAGCUGAUAGCAAGCAUUUCAGGAUCCAAUCAGUCCUUUUCUUUUACUGUUCUUAAUGGACGCCUGGUGUCUUCCAUAGAUACCAACCCACCUCAGUAUUAUAUCGCUUCAAGUGGGGAUUAUAGUCCUCUUUACGAUUUUGACGGUCGAACCUUUACUGCUCUACAAGACCCUGAUACAUCCCAAUUCAUAAAGCUUGGGCCUGAUGGACAUUUAAGGUUAUACCAGUCGGAUGCAUUUGAUUGGAAACAGUUAGAUGAGGUCAUGAAUUCAUAUCUGGGGAACUGUGGGUACCCAAUGGCGUGUGGAAGAUAUAGCAUUUGUACAAAUGAUGGGCAAUGUAAUUGUCCGGUAGAAGGAAACUUCUUCAGGCCAAUAAAUAGGAACCCGGAUCUCGGGUGUUCACAGCUAACAUCUAUUUCUUGCAACUCUUCACAUUAUCAUAGUCUUAUAGAGCUCAGCGACACCACAUAUUUUGCAUUUGAGAUCAACUUUUAUGCAAGUUCAAACAUGUGGUUUGAGGGAACAAAGAUGGAAAAUUGCAAAGCGGCCUGUUUGAGUAACUGUUCCUGCAAAGCUGCUGUUUGGUCUAAAACUCUAAGGAAAAACUGCUUAUUACUGAAUGAAGUAUUAUCUCUUAAGGACAACUGGUCUGGUAGUGACAAGACAAAAGUUUUUCUCAAGGUGCAGAAUUUCGCAAAGUCUCAGUAUCAGCCGCCAAUCGUUUCUCAAAGAAAGCAAUCAAGACCUCUGAAAGUGAUUGUAGCAUCUGCUCUUGCUGCUUUAGUGGGAAUAAUUUUAAGUAUUAGUGCAUGGUUUGUUCUUUUCAAAAAGAGGACACUGUCUGUCAAGGCUGGGGAUUUUCUGGAUUUAGCACCAAUCUUACCGGGAAUCCUAACUCGAUUCUCUUACAAUGAGUUGAAAAUAAUUACACAAGAUUUCAGCAGAAAGCUCGGGGAAGGAGGAUUUGGCUCAGUAUAUGAAGGAACACUGAGUAAUGGCAACAAAAUAGCUGUGAAGCGUCUGAAUGGUUUAGGUCAAGUAAAGGAUUCAUUCUUAACAGAGGUAAAGAUAGUUGGUAGCAUUCACCAUGUCAAUUUGGUAAAACUCAUUGGCUUUUGUGCUGAAAAAGAUCACUGGGUUCUGAUCUAUGAGUACAUGGUAAAUGGAUCAUUGGAUAGGUGGAUUUCUCAUGAAAAGCAAGAAAAUGGGCUUACAUGGCUUACGAGGCAAAGGAUAAUAUCAGAUAUUGCAAAAGGAUUAGCGUAUCUUCAUGAUGAAUGCAAUCAUAAGAUAAUUCAUUUGGACAUCAAACCACACAACAUCCUCUUAGAUCAAAAUUUCAAUGCUAAGAUAUCUGAUUUUGGGUUGUCGAAACUAAUUGAGAAAGACAAAAGCAAAGUUGUUACUAGAAUGAGAGGAACACCAGGGUAUUUAGCUCCUGAAUGGUUGAGGUCUGUAAUAACCGAGAAAGUAGAUGUAUAUGCCUUUGGAAUUGUGCUCUUGGAAGUUCUUUGUGGGCGAAAGAAUUUGGAUUGGUCGCAGGCUGACAAAGAUAAUGUCCAUUUGCUUAGUGUCUUUAAGAGAAAAGCAGAACAAGAUCAGCUCAUUGAUAUGGUUGACAAAAACAACGAGGAUAUGCAGAUCCACAGGGAAGCUGUGAUGAAAAUGAUGAGCCUCGCAGCAUGGUGUGUGCAAGGUGAUUUCAACAAGAGGCCUUCCAUGUCAUUGGUGGUUAAGGUACUGGAAGGUUUGGUGUCUGUUGAAACCAACUUGGAUUUCAAUUUCACAAACCUAACUGAGGCUGGGGCAGGCAACCAACAGAUGGAAGUCCCUAUCAGUUCAAUACUGCCUUCAGUUUUAUCUGGACCAAGGUAAACAAUAUGCUUGAGAAUUAUGACAAUAUUUCCAAUUCUAGUGUAACUUCAUAAAUGUAAUAUUCAGUAACUUUGCAUUAGUUUUUUGAGCUUC